AUGGUUCUGUUGUGCACCCACCCUUGCAAUUCACCUAUUAGAGACAGAUGCAUAAAAAGAUUCCAAGAGGAGAAGGGACUACAUACAAACAAGAGAGCACUACAAAAAAAACAUUUACCGUAUUCUGGGAUUAUAGCUGGAGGAGGGAAAGAAACUGGAGGAGCUCAGCUCAAACGUGUGGAAUCGUUAGAAUCGGAGUUGGGAAUCCGGUAUACUUGGAUGGAGACUCAAGGGCAUAAAAUUCAACACCAGGCCGAUUCAAUGGCCUCACUUGAGUUGAAGAUGGACCGGCGGUUUGAAGAAGUGCUUAAUGUCAUCGCCAGAAACAAACGGGAAGAACCCGGAGGAAAGAAAACCAUGCCAGUGGGACCCAACAAUGAACCAAGGUCUACUACGGUGGAGACGCCGAGAGUUGUGGGUAUAGGGUCCAAUGGAGGAUCAAGAAACAACACUGAAAGUGGUGACGGUCCCGGUGGUGGAAGCACUGAAGGUGAUGACAGUGGAGGACGGCCCAAUGGAAGUAAUUAUGGAACAAGCUCCAGCUGGCGAUUCUGA